AUGCCCGCGUCCUCGAAGGAAACCGGGAUCGAUAUCCAUAGAGCGGCCGACCGCGGCACCUUCCGGGAUGUGUGCAAGUACGUGGAAAUCGGGGGCGACGUGAACGCUCGCGACAAGUCGCAGUGGACACCCCUUCAUCGCUGCGCCCGCAAAGGGCACACCGACGCCUGUAAAUUCCUGCUCCAGCACGGCGCAGACGUGACCCUCAAGACGAUGGAGUUGUGGACGCCCCUCCACUGCGCGUGCGUCGGGGGUCAUCCGGCGGUGGUAAAAGAGUUAGUGAGCGCAACGCCGUCGCCGGCCCUGCAAUCGAAGACACGCCUCGGGCAGACGCCUCUGUACCUGGCCGCGUACUGGGGGCAUCUUCACUCGGUGCGGGAGCUGCUGGCCGCCGGCGCUGACACAACUCUCAAGGAUGCCCACGGAAGGGCCCCCGGGGAGGACUUCCACGAGACGGUGGCAACACCGCUCAAGGUUGCCGUUGGCGCCGCUCUCAGGGCGGCGAAUCCGAUCGUUAUGUCAUCCCCCUCCGUUAGCCAGGACGAGGUGGGGGAGCUCAAGCGGCGCGUGAAGAAGCUGGAGGACGCCGUAGCUGCCCUCCAAGCGGAGCGAUUUGGGGCAACCUUGGCGUCGCUUGGCCCCGCCCCUACCGACCCCCUCUCCAACCCAAUGGUUGCCCUGGCUCCCCCCGCCACCGUUUCUGCCGUCACGGCGGCUGGCCUUGUGGCCCCCGCGCCCGCCAACGGCGGUGGUCUCCUGACCGGGGCCGAGGACGCCAAGCGCCGCAAGGUCUAG